AUCAAAAUGCCACCGACCACUUUUCUUCGAUGUUGAUCUAUAGAUAGCUCUCUCUCUCUCUUCCCUCUCUCUCUUCCCACUCUUUUGCUUACUCUGUUCACUUUGCCCUGUCUCUCACCGCCGUUCAUUGUCCAGAUUGGAUCACGAUGAAUACUAUAGCUCCUCCGCAUUCUCCUCUCUUCCCAGACCAGUAUCCUAUUUUAGGAAGAGGAAUGAACGGCAGCAAUCUGCUACCCACGUCACCAAACAGCUCCUUCAACGAAGGAGACAAUCGAUUUUGUCCAUCCGACCAGUGGUUGAUAAGUCAUUAUUUGAUCCAAAAGAUGCUUGGAAAUGAAGACCAAGUAAUGCGAAUCCCCCAAGUUGACAUCUUAAACCACGAGCCGUGGGAUCUACUGCCCACCGGUGGUGGAGGGGCAGAGCAACGUUACAAAGAAGCGUAUUACUUCUGCCGUCGAAGGAGUUACUUCACGAGCAAGGAUCGAUACAAAAGGACCACAGGAGGUGGUUACUGGAAACCGACCGGCAAACAUCGCGACGUUAGGAGCGGGGCUAAUGGAGAAGUGAUCGGAAGGAAGAGGAGCCUGGUUUUCCAUUACGGUCGGCCCGGCGCGGGCCAAGGGACGGGCUACACUAUGCACGAGUACUCUGUUCCGGACUGUAUUGGGCAGAUGCUGGGAGAAGAUCUGGUUCUCUGCAAAAUCAUGAAGAAGAUUUCGAACCGCAACAACAAAACUGAAACAGCAGCAAGAAAGCUGAGUAAGAAGAGGAAGAAGGCGGCAGUGACGCCAAUAAUACCUUGUGACGAAAACAUCAACACCAUCACUCUGCCACGGCAAGAAGAAGAAGAAGCGCACAAUUACCAAGUGCCUUCUUCUGAUUUCGGAAAUCAAAACGUGCUCUUUCAAGAGGCAGUCAGCAAUGAUCAUGGCAGCGCAGUGGAAUUGGCGCAGUUCCCGGAGAUACUGUUCGGCGACGGUGAUGAUCAUAACCAGCUGACUGAUUUUGAUUUUGAUUUUGAUUUUGAUUUUGAUUUUAAUUUUGAUUUUGAGUUGAAUUCGGCGGUCAGAGAUACGCUGCCACCGUCGGAGCCGGAGCCUUUGCUCGACUAGUUUUAUGGGAUGGAGACCGGGUUAAGUUGACGUAUGUAGUAGCUGAUGACCGGUAAUCUGGUUGGGAGUUGAUUACUGCUGUAUUCAUUAGUGUGAUAUAUUAAGCACAUUUAGCUGUAAGCUGGUGUUGCUGUGUAUGUGUAGCGUUUUUUU